AUGGUUAAGGAGACGAAACUAUACGAUCUCUUGGGUGUGUCGCCUGAGGCUUCCCAGGCUGAGCUGAAGAAGUCUUACCGGAAGAAGGCACUGGCACUGCACCCUGACAAGGGUGGUGAUCCUGAGCUGUUCAAGGAAGUGACCGCGGCUUAUGAGGUAUUGGCAGAUGAGAGCAAGCGUGAAAUGUACGACCGCUUCGGUGAGGAGGGUCUGAGCGAAGGCAUGAUGGGUGGCGGUAUGGACCCACAAGACCUGUUUUCUCAGCUCUUCGGCGGAGCUGGCGGAUUCUUCGGUGGUGGCGGCCGUCCGCGUGGUCCGAGGAAGGGCAAGGAUCUUGUGCACCGUGUCAAGGCUACGCUCGAGGAUCUAUACAACGGCAAGCUGACGAAGCUUGCGCUUCAAAAGCAUGUGCUAUGCAACAAGUGUGGGGGCCGCGGUGGUAAGGAAGGUGCCGUGAAGUCGUGUAACACUUGCAAUGGCCAGGGUAUCAAGGUGGUGCUACGCCAGCUGGGACCUAUGGUGCAGCAAAUGCAACAAACAUGUCCAGACUGCCACGGUGCAGGUGAACAGAUCAAUCCCAAAGACCGCUGUACGCAAUGCAACGGUAAAAAGAUCACGCAGGAGCGCAAGGUGCUUGAAGUACGCAUCGACAAGGGUAUGGAAGAUGGUCAGCAGAUCACAUUUAAGGAAGAGGCCGAUCAAGCACCGAACACGAUUCCCGGUGACGUCAUCAUAGUUGUUGACGAACAGCCACACCCUCGAUUCAAGCGUAAAAUGAACGACCUGUUUGUGAACGUUGAAGUCGACUUACUUACUGCGCUGGCUGGCGGUCGCGUGAGCAUUCCUCACUUGGACGAUCACGCGCUGUCCGUCGAGAUCCCUCGUGGUGAGAUUGUACGACCCGGUGACAUGAAGGUGCUGCGUGGCCAGGGUAUGCCUUCGUAUCGCCACCACGAAAUGGGUGACCUGUACGUGAACUUGAGCGUCAAAUUCCCAGACAGCCUGAGUGAAGAACAGCUCCAGGCGCUUGAAAAGGCCUUGCCAGCUCGCCCUGCACCAGCUGCACUGUCCAAGGACCUGGAUGUCGAAGAUGUGGUUAUGGACUCGAUUGAUGAGCAUGAGGCACACCGUGCACGCACGGGCCCUGCUACAACCGGCGAGAUGGAAGAUGACGAGGCUGGAGGUCCUCAAGUGCAGUGUGCUCAGGGCUAA